AUGUGUGCAGAUCGAAUCGCUCGGCGCAAAGCGCGGACAUCUCGCGUUCCCCAUCCCACCACCGCCGCAUCAAUUCAUGGUACGACACCGCUGCCACGAUGCCCGAGUCUUGGCGUUGGGGUCUGGCCAAAGGGAUGCGAGAAGACGCAAGAGUCCCCGAUGCAGGGCGGUUUGCCAGCUGCAGCCAACAACCCCGCCGCAGCCUCAGCACUGCAGGCUGCUGCUUGGGCGGCUUCUGCCUGUAUGCUUGUGUUUAUGCUUGCCGACGAAUUCAAUCGGGGCCAUGCCACAGCGGCGCGGGCGCACAUUCCUGCGAGGAUUGUGGAACAUGGGAAUCAAUUAAAAGGUGAGACAGAUGAUGCAGCCAGCCCAAGCCAGCCGGCGGCCCAGACAGAGCGCUCCGAACGGGAUGCCACACCUCCAGCUCCUCGGCAACCACACGAGCCACAGACACCCAGGGCUGCACGCGCCACGGGGAAGCCGACUCAUCCAAAGCCAAGAGCUUCAUGA